CAACUCCUCAAGCUAACUUGUGUGGGAAAAAAAAGAGUGAAUUGAAAAAAAAAUGGCAGAAAAGGAAAUGUACGAUGCUGCAACAAUUGGAGAUGUAACAACACUGAAACAACUCCUCCAAACAAAUCAACACCUUCUUGAUGUAGUUUCAUUAACCUCAUGUCUGAAAAACGUGUUGCACAUUGCAAUAAAUCAGGGGCAAGAAGGCAUCGUGGAAGAGGUGCUGAAGAUCAAGCCGGAGCUCGCUCUCGAGCUCGACUCCAAGGGCUCGUCGUCUCUCCACCUCGCGGCCGCAAUAGGGAUCGUGGGGAUCGCAAAGAGGCUGCUAGCCAUAGCCCCGGAGAUGUGCUGGUGGCGAGACGGCCAAGAUAUGAACCCGCUUCAUGUCGCGGCCGUGAAAGGGAAUGUGGCGGUGUUGGAGGAGAUGCUAAGGCAGGACUCCUUUGCGGCCGCGGAAAGGCUGCAUCGCGGACAGACUGUGCUGCACUUGUGCGUGAAACAUCGUCAGCUUGGGACGUUGAUGGUUUUGGUGGAUAAACUGGGAGACAAAGACCUAGUGAGUGCAGAGGAUGAUAAUGGAGAGACAUUGUUGCAUUUUGCUGUCAGGACUAAUCAACUUGAGGUUGUAGUAUACUUGGAUGAAAGUGGCAAACUAGGGAGGUUGACAAAGAAUUCCGGUGGCAAAACCGCCCUCAAUAUCUUGAACGAGAGCUUUGAAGACACAAGUACAUAUUCCGAAAUGAAAUCAAUCCUGAAAAAGUAUUCUAAUCGGUUAAUAGCCCUAAACCUGCCUCGGUUCGCUGAGAUGACGAUGGUGGCAGCGGUCCUGAUCGCGACCAUGGCGUUCCAGGCGGCCGUCAGCCCCCCAGGCGGCGUAUGGCAAGCAAACAAGCCCGAAGAAGAAGCCGGGGAAAUGUACUUCGCCGGGCAUGCAGUCAUGGCUCUCAAAGAGAAAGAUUUAUACAAACAGUUCAUUCAAGUCAACAUCGUGGCAUUCAUUUCGUCUCUCGUGGCAAUCUUGUUCCUUGCCACCACCGGCUCCUCGGACCAGUGGAUCUUCGUGCUCUGUGCCACGAUAUCGAUGCUGGUGUCGAUGGCGUCUAUUGGAGUGACUUAUGGGAUUUCCUUGAUCAUGACAAAUCCCAACAUGGAUGGGUUUGGGUUGAGGUAUGUUGUUGCCAUAUCAGGCUCUGUGUUCUUGGUAUCCAUUAUAUUUAUCAUAAUCAUUAGCUCCAUGAGAGAUGGGAAGAGAGUGAAAAGACUUGUCAAGAAGGUCGGGCCGCCCUGCAGCUUUGCGUAGCUGCCGGAGGUGAUACGGACCAAACAGGAGAACUCAUCUCAAAAGACUAGUCUGUUAGGAGAGAAAGCUCAUUUAAUCUAUAUACCCAACAUCAGUUGUUCUCACAACCGAUGUGGGAAUUGAGUUCGUAAAAUUAGGCUUGAAUUAUAUGUUAAGGAUUGUGUGUUAAUUAGUGGGUUUUCUUUUCGGUUCUUUCCCAUGAUGUUUUUUGUUGAACCGACAUGUUUGUUUUAUUGUUUUCUUAUUUCUUGAAUAAAAGAGUCCAAGUAUUUGUGUUA